AUGUAUGAGCCUCUGAUGUCUCCUCAGCAGCAAGAAUCCCAUCAACCGCCGCUAUCGCCCGCCAGUGAACCUCUUCUGCCUGGACCACCAACGAUCAUCGCUCCGCCUGCCUUAGACCCUUCAUCAACUUCUUCCUCUGCCUCAACCACACCGCACAAAAAACGGAGGGUACAAUGGGUCGGCCUGCGCGAAAGGGACUCAACCGAGCUCGACGAUUGGCCCUCUUCCUCCUCCCACCAGUCCCAUCCUCAACCACUUCUCUCCCCACCGAACCACAAGUCGAGCACUGGCACAGACCCGACUACUUCAUCCCUUUCCGAUCACCAGCAUCAUCUUCUUCAACCGAGUUCUCUAACUCCUAGUUCAUCCACAAGCUUCUCCCGUCCACUCUCGAUCCGUCUACCUGAUCGUCCGACACUCGAGCAAUUAUCCCAACAGAUAGCUUCCCAGCAUGCUCGAACAGCCAGACGUCAUCUAGUCCAUCAUGAGCAGGACUCUGACUCUCGAGACAAUUCCACUUCCUCGCUUGCCCUCUCUACUAAUCUGAAUACCAGAGCCAACUCAUCCACCGUCUGUGCCAUCCCAAUCUCUAAUAACCCUUACUUCCCUUCCAUCUUGCCCCAACCAAUCCAGCCCGUGGAACCUUCCACCAACCUCAAUAGGUAUCGCAACAAUCUUCUUCGCUCCCAAAGCUCUCGUCUCGCCUCCAAGCAACCCACCCUCUACCCUCAGGAAGCCUAUCUCCCGACGCCCACUACUCCUAUGGCUACUCCUGAUCAAUCCCGACCCGCCACACCGGACUCCGAUCUAGACAUCCCGUUUGGAGAGCGUGAUGGCUUACCCUCUAACCCGAACCGCAAGCCGCGCACAUUCACUCGUGAGGCUGCCAAUCUGGUCUCCCUCCACAAGUUCAACAUGUCCUCCGCGGCUGGUCGUAGCCAACCGGGCCAGGCCAUCCGGCCGAGUGUCCCGGGAAAGCGGCUAGGGACGGCUGCCUCCCAUAAUGCCACCGUGCGCGAGAAUCGCGUGCUCGGUGCCAACUUAGGUCUCGCUGCUGCUGCCCCCGGUCCGAGCCGGUCCGGCCUCAAGGGGGCCGGCAUAUCGAUGGGCAACGGCGUGCUCAGCUCCUUGCUCCACCUCUACAACCACCCGUCCAGUGCUCAAUCAUCAUCGAUAACCCUGAUCAACGGCGGCUCGGACGAGGAAUCAGACGCCGGCGGUGAAGGCAGUCGUAGCGCAAACUCACACACCAGAGCGACAAAUCUGGACAAUCGGCAUGUUACACCACCACCCAUUCUACCCACUCACCAACAGCCCGUUGCCAACAAUCAAACUUAUGAAGCCGAUGCCAACAAGGACCCCCCAGCCUCCUCACGAUCCUCCUUCGACCCCAUCUUGAGUGCCCGACAGAAGAUCGUCCAGGGAUUCUCCAAGGUGAUCCAAAAAUUCGACACUGAGAGGCCUGCAACCGCCCGCUCCAAUGCAGGCGUCUUUGGGGCUUUGCAGCUAUCGGGAUUCCGAUUGGCACGCUACAGCAGUAGGACUGGCGAACCUUCCGAUAACGCCUAUCCUACCACCUCCACCCCCACCCUCACCCUGACAUCUGAUGACCCAUACGGCGCAAUGGCUGAGGCCGCGACACCAGCAGAUGAUAGUCUGACUGGCCGUCUCCGAAAGGUAACCAGUGCCGGGAUCCUAGUGAGAAGGCACUCGGGGGAUGAAGCAAUCGGAAUCACUAACCCGUCCUCACCCAGCAUUCAUGGAGUCCCAGAGAAUCUCGCGGGAGCUAGAAUGGCAUCUAGUGCCAGCAGCAGCGUGGGCUCUAUCUUCAAGAGCCGCAUGCACAAGUCGAGCAGUAUGGUCAGUCUCAAAGCGUUGGGAGACGCAAUCAAGCCAACCAACUUCCACAAUGAGUCCGCAGUCUUGAAGGCUAAGAAAACCGGCUCGGCCUCCGGAAGCACACCCGGUACACCCUCCAAGGAGAUGUUCUCUGCAGCUGAAAAGUCGCCGGCCGUCACACCACUCGGCUUGCCGCCCCAAAUCUAUAACUACCCCAACCAAGUACCCGGUAAAGCUCAUCAGCACAACCAAUUCGCUCGCAGAAGACGCGAAAAGAGACGCCAGGAAGAAAUCUUCAUCACCAUGCACGUCGCCGCUAUCCUUCAACGUCAACAGUUCAUCCUCCAGCUCACUAGGGCUUUGAUGAUGUUUGGCGGUCCCUCUCAUAGAUUGGAGUCUCAAAUUUUAGCCACCGCUAGAGUCUUAGAAAUCGACUUACAAGUCGUAUUGAUUUACUCGGUCUGCAUCUUUUCGUUCCAAGAUGAGGCUACUCGUACCUCCGAAACCAAGUUCAUCAAACAAUCCCCAAACGUAGACUUGGGCAAGUUAACCGAUUUAGCGACUUUACAUUGGGAAGUUGUGCACGAUAAGAUUGGGGUACAAGAAGCCAGUCAAGAGAUCUCGCGAUUGAUGCGAGCGGCACCGGAGUACAAAAACUGGCAGACCGUGUUGAUCGGGGCCAUGUGCAGUGUGUUUAUAGGUCCAGCGGCCUUCAAUUCGAGCUUCCUUGACGUCUUGAUCUCGGCCCCAUUGGGCGCGGGACUAGUAGCUGCUCAGCUCUUCGUCGCCAACAAAUCCGACGUGCUCUCCCAGAUCCUCGAGAUCGUCGUCACUGGCUUCACCAGCUUCGUCGCCGCUGGCCUCGCCUCUACCGGUUACUUCUGCUACUCUGCCGUCAUCGCUUCCUCGAUCGUCCUCAUCCUCCCCGGUUGGCUCGUCUGUUGUGCGGCUCUCGAACUCCAAUCUAGGUGCAUCGUCUCCGGUAGUGUUCGCCUCAUCUGGGCUGUUAUUUAUGCUUUGUUCUUGGGUCUUGGUAUUUCAGUCGGAGCGGAGUUCUGGACUUUAUUUUCCGGGAAACCAGUUCAAGUCUCGAUCGAUGGGACGUGCGGACUCUCACACACGACCGACAAGUGGUAUCGUACCACGAUCCCGUUAUGGUCGUUAUUCAUUGUGGUCCCGGGGUAUGCGCUAUUCCUGGCGAUGCGUCAACACUCCCGUCUGAACUCCAAGGAGAUCUGGGUGAUGGUCAUCCUAGCCUCCGGAGGAUUCACGGCGAAUCAUUUUGCCUCGCUGGCGUUCCCCAAUCGUUCGGAUAUCAGCUCCGCCUUGGGCUCCUUCGUCGUCGGCUUCCUCGCCAAUAUCUAUGGCCGACUCUUCCAGGGCACUUCCUUCAUCGUCGCCCUCGUUCCCAUCCUCUUCCAGCUUCCUUCCGGACUAGGCAACGGCGGCCUCCUCUACUUCGCUAAUACCUUAGACUCUUCCCAUUCAUUCACCUCCGGCUUUCAGGUCGGCCAGCAGCUCUUGGAGGUCUCCUUGGGUCUCGUCAUCGGUCUCUUUGUUGCUACCGUGCUUGUUUAUCCUUUCGGAAACAGGCGAGGCGGGUUAAUGGCAUUCUGAGGAUGGUCACUCGAUCACUAGAAAAUCGAACUCGAAUGGAGGGAAAAAAUAUCAAACUAAUGGUCGGAAAGACGUGUACA